AUGAUAACUCUUAAAAGAUUAUUUCAUAGCUCAAGAUCUUCCCUAUUGAAGCUAGAUCCGAAUUUCAAGUUCAAAUGUGGUUUGGAGAUUCAUACUCAGUUGAAAACUGAGUAUAAGCUUUUUUCGUUGUCACAGACAAGCUUCAAUUCAACACCCAAUACGAAAAUAAGUUACUACGACUGCGCAUUACCAGGAACACAGCCUAAGUUUAACCCUGAAGCCCUUUAUUUGUCUUUGAAAGCUGCAGUUGCAUUGAAUUGUAAGAUACAAAGUAUAUCGUCUUUUGACAGAAAGCAUUAUUUCUAUCCAGACCAACCAGCAGGCUAUCAAAUCACUCAAUACUAUCAUCCGAUAGCUGUAAAUGGUUAUUUGGAGUUACUAAAGGAAUAUGAUGACAUCUUGGAGACUUCAAAGAGAAUAGGCAUUGAGAGAAUACAAAUUGAACAAGAUACAGGGAAGACCAACUACGACAGGUUUGACAAUGUAAUAAAGGUGGAUCUCAAUAGGACGAAUAUUCCAUUAAUAGAAGUAGUUACUGAACCUGAUUUUGAGAAUUUCGAACAAAUUAGGUCAUUCAUUAAGAAAUAUCAAGCUAUAGUAAAGUAUCUUGAUAUAUGCUCAGGUGAUUUGGAGACUGGUGCUAUUAGAGUGGAUGUCAACGUGAGUGUCAACGGAAACUCACGAGUUGAGCUUAAGAAUUUAGGUAGUACUGGGGAAAUUCAUGAUGCCGUUGAAGCGGAGUACAGUAGACAAAUCAAUUUACUUCGAAAUAAAGAAACUAUCAUUCAAGAGACUAGAGGUUGGAACGGUUACCAAUCGAUCAGCUUAAGGACAAAGGAAGAUUCAGUUGAUUAUAGAUAUUUGCCAGAUUCAGAAUUACCCAAAAUAUGUUUGGAGCCUGAUAUCAAUGAGCAAGUUCAAAAAAUUCUUCCUGAAUUACCCCAGGACAUACUAAAGAAAUUAACGCACUCUCCAUAUGAGUUGGAGUUGAAGUAUGCUAAAUUUUUAGUCGACAAUAGGGAACUUCUAGACUAUUAUCUUGUCGUAUGCAAGCUAGUCGCCUCUGAAAAUAGUCAGGGCUUUAAGUUAGUUAAUAACUGGGUGAUCAAUGAAUUGCUUGGUGCUUUCCACAGAUUGGAAACAUCAAUAGAUUUGAAACUUAUAACUCCUUUAAAUUUGAGCCAGUUAAUACUUAUGGUAUCCAGAGAUGAUGUUACAAAAUCAGCUGCUAAGAGAUUAAUCACACAGAUGAUUAAAAAUCCCGAUAGUUCUGGUGCUUCGAUAGAGCAUCUUCUUGGCGUUUAUGAUCUUGAAAAACCUAAAGAUGUGUCACCAGAAGAAUUGGAUUCAGCAAUAGAGGAACUCUGUGGGGAUAUCAUUAACAAGAAUAUGGAUGUAGUAAAUAAGAUAAAAAAAGGAAAGAAGAAUUCGCUCAACUAUUUAGUUGGCCAAGCUAUGAGAGAAACUCAAGGGAAAGUCGAAUCAAAAGCUUUUGCCAAAAAGUUUAUGGAGAUGAUAUCUUGUAAAUAA